CCUUGUUGUCGAAAAUAUCAAGAACAAAGUCAAUAUUCCUCUCAUGCCACCUCCGUCACUCGGUCGCGUCAUGCCAUUGUUUUGAAUGUUCUCAAGCCGCCCUCUAUCGGCGGCGCCAUAGUGGUAGUAAACGACAGGGACAGAAACAUCUGAUUAGCUUGCUAGCUGUUAGGUGAUGUCUUACUAUGGUCGUGAAUUUGUCUUAAUUAUUAGAUAGUUGUAAUUCAGCUGCCUUUUUAUUUUGCCCAACAUACGCCAUUUCGGGACGAUUUGUGUUUUGCCAUUUUAGGCCAAGCGGAACCAGAAGGAGCCAACGUUACUGUAGCCAGCUCGUAAACAUUGGAGACAAAACAACACAAAAAAACCUGAUUUAACAUCGAGCUGAAUAAUGGAUCAAAAGUACACCUUGUAUCCUGUUAAACUGUACGUUUACGACCUGUCUAACGGAAUGGCUCGCCAGCUGAGCCCCCUCAUGCUAGGGAAACAGCUUGAUGGAAUAUGGCACACUGCUAUUGUUGUCCAUGGAGAGGAGUUCUUCUAUGGGGGAGAGGGCAUCGCAAACUGCCCACCUGGUGGGACGUCCCUGGGAGAACCCAACUCCAUAAUAGACCUGGGCAUCACAGAAGUGACUGAGGAAAUCUUUAUGGAGUACCUGUCUUCACUGGGAGAGUCCACGUACAGGGGGAAUCAGUACCAUCUGUUUGAGUGGAACUGUAACACGUUCAGUAACGAAGUGGCCCAGUUCCUCACCGGCAGCAAGAUCCCUGCCCACAUCACAGACCUGCCGGCUGAAGUGCUGUCCACACCUUUCGGCCAGGCACUACGCCCGCUUCUGGACUCCAUCAAUAUUGCACCUCAGGGGGGCAACACCUUCAAUGGACAUUAUGGCCAGAGAUAGACCGAUAACACAGGUGCACAGAGUAAUAUAUUAAACGAUCAGUCAGUCUGUGUGGGGGGGGUGGGAGAUCUGCAGCUCUGGACCUUUGUAAGUCCCUUACUGAUGUACAGUAGUCAGUCAGUGGGCCAGGCAGCAACCUAACCCAACCUGACCUCUUUAAUACCUUAAAGGCCCAGUGCAGUCAAAAAAGUGAUUUUCCUGUUUGUUUUUUUAAUAUAUAUAUAUUUUCCACACUAUGAGAUGUCAAUAAUACAGUGAAAUUGUGAAAAUUAUAAUGCUCUUUUAGUGUAGGAGCUGUUUGAAAAGACGGCUGGAAAUUUCAGCAUAUUUUGGUGGGAUGGCGUUUUGGCCUUUCAUGUUGACAUCACCACGUGGUAAAUUAGUUAAUAGACCAAUAAGAAAGAGUUCCAAAACUCUCUGCCAAUAUCAGCACAUUUUCAGUUUUCCCCUCCCCACUCAGACCACUCCCAGACAGUCCUAGCAAAAUUAUUUAUUGAGAAAUUCUCUUUGCUAAGAAAUUCUCUUUACUAUUUCUUGACUCAUUUAAAAUAAUCACACUAAGGUACUUAAUUGUUCCCCAGAAAUGAUUUGAUAUUGAGAUAAAAACAUCUGCAUCUGACCUUUUACCCCAGACCAGCCUGACACUCCCCAGACUUAACAUGAUCCUACCUAACUUACCCCUUUUCCACUAUAAACUUAAGUAAGUGUAUGAUAAGAUAGAUAUUUCUUCUACUCUCCAUAGGAGCCCAUGAUCAGCUGAAUGUAAAACUAAGGAGCUGCAAGGUUUCUAUCUAGAGCCAGAGCUGCAGCUCUUUCCUGCACAGGGGUGGGUAAGGGUGUCCUUUUACCUUCCUGUUAUAAGUAAUUAAGUAAGCUAUUUUAGUGUUUUCAUUGUUCUUUUUUAAUUACCAUGACAUGACUGCAUUGACACUCCAGAGAGGUAGAGAGAAGGGAUAGAGAAGAUGAAAAGAGAAACAAACCACGUUUGAGAUUUUAGCUGGAGACGUGAUAAAAAUUCUGACUUGCACUUGUCUUGAUAUUGUGAACUUGCGUAUUCACUUAUCUUCGUAUCAACUUCCAACUGUCUGGUGUCAAGGUUUAUCCCUUGAAAACAUUGUUACACAAAAGCACACACACACACUCAAGAUCAUCAAGCUAUGACCUCGUGUGACCUGUACAGACGUGCUCAAAUUUGUUGGUACCCCUCCACAAAUGCACAAUUUUCUCUGAAAUAACUUAACUGACAAAAGUAAUUGGCAUCCACUGUUGCUUAUUCCAUAUUUAAUAGAAAUCAGACUUUGCUUUAGAUUUUUUAUUAAACAUAAUAUUUUAAAUAAUAAAACAAAUGAAAAUAGCAUGGACAAAAAUGAUGGGACCCUUAACCUAAUAUUUUGUUGCACAACCUUUAGAGGCAAUCACUGCAAUCAAAUGUUUUCUGUAGCUCUCAAUGAGACUUCUGCACCUGUUAACAGGUAGUUUGGCCCAUUCUUCCUGAGCCAACUGCUCCAGCUGUCUCAGGUUUGAUGGGUGCCUUCUCCAGACUGUAAGUCUCAGCUCUUUCCAUAGUUGUUCGAUAGGAUUCCGAUCAGGACUCAUAGAAGAUCACUUCAGAAUAGUCCAAUGUUUUGUUCUUAUCCAUUCUUAGGUGCGUUUAGCUGUGUGUUUUGGGUCAUUAUCCUGUUGGAGGACCUAUGACCUGCAACUGAGACAGAGCUUUCUGACACUGGGCAGUAUGUUUCGCUCCAGAAUGCCUUGAUAGUCUUGAUUUCAUUGUGCCCUGCACAGAUUCAAGGCACCCUGUGCCAGGCGCAGCAAAGCAGCCCCAAAACAGAACCGAGCCUCCUCCAUGUUUCGCUGUAGGUAUGUCGUUCUUUUCUUUGAAAGCUUCAUGUUUUCGUCUGUGAACAUAGAGCUGAUGUGACUUGGCAAAAAGCUCCAGUUUUGGAGGACAUUCUCUCAGGAUUGUGGCUUGUCAUUAUACAUUUUAGAAAAUUCCAGUCUGGCGUUUUUUGUGUUUUUCUUUCAAAAGUGGAGUCCUCCUGGGUCUACUUCCAUGGAGCCCAUUUUCUCUCAAAAAGCGACGGAUGGUGCGAUCAGAAACUGACGUACCGUCACCUUGGAGUUCAGCUUGUAUCUCUUUGGCAGUUAUUCUUGGUUCUUUUUCUACCAUUCGCACUCUCCUUCUGUUCAAUCUGGGGUCGAUUGUCCUCUUCUGGACGCGCCCAGUGAGGUUGGCUACAGAUCCAUGGACCUUAAACUUAAUAAAAUUUGCGACUGUUGUCACAGGAACAUCAAGCUGCUUGGAGAUGGUCUUGUAGCCUUGACCUUUACCAUGCUUGUCUAUUAUUUUCUUUCUGAUCUCAUCAGACAAAUCUCUCCUUUGCUUUACUCUGGUCCAUGUUCAGUGUGGUGACCACAAUGAUACCAAACAGCACAGUGACCACUUUACUCUGGUCCAUGUUCAGUGUGGUGACCACAAUGAUACCAAACAGCACAGUGACUACUUUUCUCCAUUUAAAUAGGCUGGACGACUGCUUACAAGAUUGGAGAUACUAAUUAAAGAAACAAAUUACUUUGAAAUAUCACUAUAAUGAAAUGAUUUAUUCUAUUUUCUAAGGGGUACCAACAUGUGUCCAGGCCAUUUUAGAAUAUCUUUGUAGAAUAAGCAAUAAUUAAUCUCUUUUCACAGCUUCUUUGCUUUAUUCUAUGACAUACCAACGGCAUGCAAGUAUACCGCUUUUAAUUUACUCACUUUUCAUGAGGAAUGAAGCAUUAUUUCAAUGAGCUGUAAGGGCACCAACAAAUUUGAGCACGUCUGUAUGUAGGAUUUUACAGUAAUACACUGAACAACUGCAUCUUUCCAGAAUUGGUAUACUUAUACCUUUCAAAUUAGCAGGAAUGCACCAUAUCUAGGCAUUUUCAAAGAUUGGAAUGUUGUUGAGUCUCUGUACUGUUUUCCUGCAAUCAGUGUGCAGCCUAAUGUUGUUCCAGCAUAGGAAAUCACUCUCCAUAUUGAGAGUUAUGCCAACCGCCAUUCACUUUUUUCCUGAUAUCAAGUGUCUGUGAUUUUGAUGCCAUUAUUUGUUUGUUUUGAUCUGUUUAUUUAUUGUAAUAUUAUAUACACAAGACUGUCUUUGUAAGUUACAUACUUUAAUUUAUUACCUAAUGUCAUUAUGAGCAUACAUAUCGUUAUUAUUAUUGUAUUAUCAAGAUUUAAUAUAUUCGGUAAUUCACAUUUAGUAUUAAGUCAAAGUUGUGAUACCCCCAAAAUGUCCAUCCUUACUCUGUCCACUAUUGUGAUGUAAAGAUCCUGUUUAUAUUUAACGAAACUCUUGCCUCUGCUUGAUAAAGACAACUUUUCUCUAA